GAAUGAGCGAGCGUGGAGAUUUGAAAUGCACCGAUUGGAAGAAAGCCCGGGCUAGGUUCGGGCAUCUCCAAACGCACCCUUUUUAAAGCCACCCGGACUGAGGCGUGGAGCUUUAAGCUCCGCAAAAGGCUCCCCUGGCCUGGCCGCGAGCGGCCGACGAGCCCGGGAGCCCCGCGCCGAGCGCACGGAGCCGGGCGGAGAGCCGAGCCUGCCGCAGGCUCCAGCAUCUCCAGGAUGACAAGCGACAUUGCAACAAACCACUACGCCCAGCCGCCCCGGGGGCUCGGAGCCGAGCAGCAAGUUCGGGGAUCGGGGCCGGGAGCCGAGUGAGGCCGCAGCCCCGCGGACUGCGGGCGAAACAUCUUGGAAGAUGUAUACAAGUCAUGAAGAAAUUGGGUACGAUUUUGAAGAUGACCCCAAGGAUAAGAAGACACUUAAGCCCCACCCAGACAUUGACGGUGGAUGGGCUUGGAUGAUGGUCCUUUCCUCUUUCUUUGUGCACAUUCUCAUCAUGGGCUCCCAGAUGGCGCUGGGCGUCCUCAACGUGGAAUGGCUGGAAGAGUUCCACCAGAGCCGCGGCCUGACCGCGUGGGUCAGCUCCCUGAGCAUGGGCAUCACCUUGAUUGUGGGACCGUUCAUCGGCUUGUUCAUUAACACCUGCGGGUGUCGCCGGACCACCAUCAUCGGAGGCCUCGUCAAUUUCCUCGGCUGGGUGUUGAGCGCCUACGCCGAAAACGUGUAUUACCUCUUUAUUACGUUCGGAGUGGCCGCUGGUAAGCAU